AACAAACCAGAUACUGACCAUUGGACCGGUUGACUUAUAUAUGAAUUAAUUUUAUGAUUGGGGACAUACUUAAUACCUACUGCAUAUCUGACCGAUUGAUGUUAAGAUAAUCAAUAUAAAUAGUACUACUUUUGUAACAUUACAAUUAAUUGGUAAAAAAAAAAAUUCUGAUGUCUGAAAAAGUUUCCAAGAAAAAAAAAAAUGUGUCACAGAAAGAUUACCUAAAGAAAUAUCUUUCUGGUGGGAAAAAGCAGAAAGAUAAAGUAAAAAUUCAAAAAAGAGUACAAAUAAUUGAUGACAACAUUGAUUGUGUUGAUGAAGACAUUGACACAUAUCAAGGUAGUGAUAAUAAUGUAGCAGGAUUUGACCCUACUGAUGAAUUUGCUCCUCAAAUAGUAGGUGUUGUUGAUGACAGACCUAAAGAUGUUAAAAUAUUGGAUUUGUAUAAAAAUAAAAAUCGUUGGAAACGAGUUGGUGAAGAUAGUGAUAUUGAAGAAGAAACUACUAAGAUUGACCAAGUUCAAAAAUAUGUUGAAAAAAUCAAUAAAUCUACAUUAAAUGAUUUAUUAAAUUCUAAAAAGGUUAAUGAAGAAAUAGAAAAUAAUAUACCAAUUAAAAGAGAUAGAAAAACUGGAAGAAAACGUGAUCUCAAAAAAGAAAAAGAAGAUGAAAUGUUAAAAGAGGAAAAAUUAAAAGAAUAUAAAGAAAAAUAUGCUGUUUGGGGAAAAGGAGUAAAGCAAGUGCAAGAUGCUCAAGAACAACAUAACUAUGAGAUUCGUGAAAUGCAAAAACCUCUGGCAAGGUAUGCUGAUGAUCAAGAUUUAGAAGAAAUGUUAAAAUCAAAAGUAAGGGAUGGUGAUCCUAUGCUUGACUAUAUAAGGAAAAAUAAAAAAGAUGAUGAUGAUUCUCCUGAUGGCGUAAGGCAUGAAAUAAAAAUGUUUCGAGGAUUUUGUCCACCCAAUAGAUUUGGCAUUCUACCUGGUCACAAAUGGGAUGGUGUUGAUAGAUCAAAUGGAUAUGAAUCUAGAUGGUUAUUACAACUUAAUUCUAAGAAAUCAUUAGAGGAUGAAGCAUAUAAAUGGAGCAGUUCCGAUUUAUAAUUUAUAUAUAUUAUGUAUAUACAUAUACAUAUUUCAUAUGAAUAUAUAUAAUAUAUUAAUUUGUUGAUUAUUUAUUUGAUCAUUUGUAUUGACUUAGCUGUAUACUAUUAAAAAGAGAAAUCAGUGAUAAUUUUUUAA